AUGCUAACCCAGCAGCUAAAUACACCUGGUACAAGGAGAACCAAUCACUGCUCAGUGAAGAACCUCAGCUGGUCUUCAGCUCCAUCCAGUCCUCUGACUCUGGACAGUAUUACUGCACAGCUGAGAACCAGCUGGGGACGAAGACAUCUGAACACAUCUAUAUUGAUUAAUUCCGAAUCAAAUUCACAGUCUGCGUAUUCAUUGAGAAACUCCAGUAGGGUUUAUGGAGAAGGUUUAUUCACUAUUGCCAAUGUGUGCCUGAUAUUAUCAUUAACUUGUGUAAAAUCAUCUCCUCCAGAUGCUCCAAAGCUUCCCUCUGUGUCAGUGAGUCCCUCUGAUGAGAUAGUGGAGGGCAGUUCAGUGACUCUGACCUGUAGCAGUGAUGCUAACCCAGCAGCUAACUACACCUGGUACAAGGGGAACCAAACACAGCAUCAGGGACCAGAAGGUGUUUAUCAUUUCUCCUCCAUCAGCUCUGAGGACAGAGGGAUCUACUACUGCAAGUCUGAGAAUCCAUAUGGAGAGAUCAACUCUUCAUCUCUAUUUGUAAAUGUCCAUUAUACGUAUUUUCUUCCAGAUGCUCCAAAGCUUCCCUCUGUGUCAGUGAGUCCCUCUGAUGAGAUAGUGGAGGGCAGUUCAGUGACUCUGACCUGUAGCAGUGAUGCUAACCCAGCAGCUAACUACACCUGGUACAAGGAGGGUGAAGACUCACCAAAAGCAUCAGGACAGAUCUUCACCAUCACUGACUUCAGAGCUGAACACAGUGGGAAUUAUUCCUGUGAAGCCCAGAACAACAGAGGACGUAGUAACUCCACCUUGCAUGUGACUCUUGCAGCAGGUGAGUUUCCAUUCACUUACACACACACUGCAGCAGAGCCCAUUGACAAACCAUCUGAUGUAAUGCAUAUUUAUUUUGUGUUGACAAGGAAAAAAUAAUUGUAAAUGUAAAAGAAUUACAUAAAUGAGGGUUUUGGUGGGUUCUCUAGAGGUUUGUUUAUGAUCAGGUUCAACAUAUUUGACCAGUGUGGAUGGAUUGGGGACAUUUAUAGCAAAGGAUCUUUCACAACCUAAUUAAUUGUUGUUGUGUUAUAAUCAUGGCCCAGGAGGAUGGAAAUCAACGGUCAUUGGAACAACCAGCGCUGUUUUCCUGGCUGCCGUUCUCCUCUCUUUCUUUAUAUUGAUCCGGUGAGCAGUCUGCUUUUGUUAAAUUAUUGUUUAUUUAAGUAAAUAAAGACAAUACUGACGUCACAAAAGUUAUCUGGAAACACUGGGGACAUCGCUAAAACGUUGCCCAACACGGGAAAUCAGGAGAGAACGGGUUCUUUCUGACGCAUUCCUAGAAGUCAGUAAUUAACUUGGAUAGUACACUGUUGUCCAAAACUGCAAAAAUAAGACCUGAUUUCUAAAGACGUACAAACAAAAUGCGAUAAUUAUUAAAAGAAACAAAUAUUUCAGAGUUAAAUUAUUCAUUCAUUUAUGUUUCUUAUUCUCCAAAACAGAAAGAAGAGGGCGGAUAAGCAAUCAUCUGAGCCUAGAGAGCGAUCGAGACGGCCGGACUGGCAGGACGACAUUCACUAUGCAAGUGUCCAGUUCUCCAGGAGCCAGGAAGAUUCUCUCUACUCCAACAUCGGACCAGCUGAACCCCAAAGACACAAGACGGAAGAGUGCGCUUUGUACGCUGAGGUCAAAUGUUAGGAUGGCCGUACCGCCCCGAGAAGUCAGCCGCGGAGGAUUUAGCUCCAAUGUUCAGAACAAUCAACCAAACCUACUGAGCACAGAAGGAAUCUUCAGUCUGG